UCAAAAUGUUUUUUACCCAUUUUUAUUUUAAAGGCAGUGGUUUGAUUUUGCUCUUUGUUUCUUUGAUUCUGAGGGAUUUCUGCUUUUGCUUUCAAAUUACGACAUCGUUUUCUUUACAUUGCAGAAGUUGGCUACUUUAAUAUAUAUUCUCUCUUUUUCAUUCUUUGCUUUUUGCUGUAGACUUUCUCAUGCUGUAAGUCAUAGCAAAAAGAAAACUUUUUUUGGUUUGGGCAUCUCUGUAUCUCUCUAUCUCUAUCUGGGUUUUGGGUUUUUUCAAUGCAAAAAGAUGAAGGCUUUCAAUUGUUGUCCAAUGAACUUGAAAGGGUCUUUUGGUUUUGGUGGAGCAUGAGGAAUGGCUUCUGUAGUGUCGGAUCCAAAGACUAGGUCAUGCCUCUGCCGUCUUUUUGUUGUAGCUUCUUUGAUUUGUGGUGCCUACUUCAUUAGUGGUGCAUUUAUUGCUAAGGAAUACAAAGAUAGGUUAUCGAGAUGGGAGGUGAUUAAUAUGCUUCAGAAUUCAAAAUCCAAUAUAUGCAAGAUUCGAUGCAGGCCUCCCGGAAGUGAGGCAUUACCUCAAGGAAUUGUGGUCAAAACAUCAAACUUGGAAAUGCGACCUUUAUGGAGUGACACUGUGAAGAAUGGCAAUCUAGAGCCAUCAUCAAACUUGUUAGCCAUUGCUGUAGGUAUUAAGCAAAAGGAAAUUGUAAAUCAAAUUAUUAAAAAGUUCCCUUCAAGUGAUUUUGUUGUGAUGCUUUUCCACUAUGAUGGUAUUGUGGAUGAAUGGAGAGAUUUGGAGUGGAGUGAUCAUGCCAUACAUGUUUCUGCAGUGAAUCAAACAAAAUGGUGGUUUGCCAAACGUUUCUUGCAUCCAGACAUAGUUGCUGAUUACAAGUACUUAUUUCUCUGGGAUGAGGACCUUGGAGUAGAUAACUUUGAUCCAAAACAAUAUUUGUCUAUAGUUGAAGAUGAGGGGCUGGAGAUAUCACAACCAGCACUUGAUCCUGUUAAGUCAGAGGUGCAUCAUCAAAUCACAGCUCGCAGAAGGAAUUCAAGAGUGCACAGUUAUGACACUAUAAAUCCAUCUCGUUUGAACAGAAGGAUGUACAAGUUUAAAGGCAGUGGAAGGUGUGAUGGCCGCAGCACUGCUCCUCCAUGUAUAGGUUGGGUGGAAAUGAUGGCCCCUGUAUUCUCAAGAGCUGCCUGGCGCUGUGCGUGGUAUAUGAUCCAGAAUGACUUGAUCCAUGCUUGGGGCCUUGAUAUGCAGCUUGGUUAUUGUGCACAAGGUGAUCGUAUGAAAAAUGUUGGUGUUGUUGAUGCUGAGUACAUAGUUCAUUUGGGUCUUUCUACACUUGGUGUUUUGGCUGAAAAUGAGUUAAAUUCUACACGAGUUAACAUUACUCGGAGGCAGCCCUCCUCUGACUCGGAAACAUUGGCACCAUCUGAAUCUCAUAAAGUUGACAAUAGACCUGAAGUGAGAAGACAGUCCUUCAUUGAAAUGCAAAUGUUCCGUAAAAGAUGGGAAAAUGCUGUCAACCAGGACAAAUGUUGGGUUGAUCCUUACCAACAAUCAGUUAACAAAAGCACUCACUAAUUAUUUAGAGUACAAAUGAUUUUCUCAAUCAUAUGGUUUUUUUUUUUUUUCACAAGGUAAAGGAUUGUAAAUUUGUGAGGAAAUUUGGAUGUAAGAGAUUGUUAUUCAUUAUUCAUUGAAUGACAAUGUAAAUAUGUUUUGUUGAUUAGAAAUGUUGUACUGUUUUACAAUUGUA